UAGCAUUUCAAGGGAAAAAGAGACAGAAACAGUGGUCUUUAGGGCUGAUUUGAUGGGAACGCUUAAGCCAAUCUUUGGAAAAGGUGGAAACAGAACAUCAGGCACUCCAAGAGCAGUGAAGAAUAAAAUGGCAAAGACAAACGUGGAGUCAAUUACUAGAUGCAAAAGGGUUUGUGAACGAGGUGUAAUAGAAAAAGGUCCAUCAUCACCUGAAGGAAAAGCUACAGACAAGAAAAGAGAGUCACCUUUUCCUGAAAGAGCAAGUUCAUCUAAACGAGGUGCUAGAAGAGGCAUGCAGGGUACACUGAACCAACCUACUCAGAAGAGGGCAAGAAUACAAGAAAAAAACAACGAAAUUUGUGAUCCUGGACCAAGAUCAAUAAUGGAAGAAGGUCCAUCAUCAUCGCCCGAAAGACAAGCAACAAACAACAAAAGAGGUUCACUUUGGCUUGAAAGAGUUAGGUCAUGUACACGAGGCACAAAAAGGGGCAUGCAGGAUACGUCAAGCCAACCUACUCAGAAGAGGGUGAGAAUAGUAGAACAAAACAAAGAAGUUAAUAAUCCUGGACCAAGCUCAAUAAUGGAAAAGAGUCCGUCAUCACUUGAAAGACAAGCAGCAAACAAGAAAAGAGGUUCACCUUCAUCUGAUAGAGUACGGUCAUGUAAGAAAACAACGUUUUUAUGGUUGAUAGACUCUAAGAUUAUUAAGGAAGAUGAACGAGUAAGCUAUAGGAGUGACACAAUUGAAAAGCCAUUAGCAGGAAGGAUUACUAGGGGUGGAAUUCUCUGCAGCUGUUGCCAGGAGGAGAUAUCAAUGUGGACCUUUGAGAACCAUGCUGGAAGUACUCUUAGACAGCCCUAUAAACAUAUUUACAUUCACAGAAAACGCAAAACCCUCCGAAAAUGCUUGAUUGAUGUUUGGCAACAUGCCCGGGAACAAAAGCGUCGGCAAAUGUUUUUGUUUGUGCCAAAAGAAACUGAUACAGACCAAGAUGAUGAUGUUUGUGCAGUCUGUGGUGAUGGGGGAGACUUAAUCUGUUGUGACAGGUGUCCUUCCACAUAUCAUCUAUCUUGCAUAAAUAUAGAGACGGUUCCCCAAAAUGAUUGGUUUUGUCCAUAUUGUGUAUGCAAAUACUGUGGGCUGGUUGUGGACCUAGUUGUUGAGAAAAAAAGAUACUAUGAGAAAAAAGAAGGCUUCAAGUGCUCCCAAUGUGACAAGAAGUAUCAUUGGGAGUGCUUUGAAAAAUAUGAAAAAGAUUCCUCAAAACUAACCAAACCUUCAAGAUCAUAUUGUGGGCGAGGUUGCCAAGGGAUAUAUGCAAAAAUGGGAGUAUAUCUCGGAAUCAGAAAUGAUUAUUCGGCAAAAUACUCUUGGAGGGUUAUCCGCCUAAUGGAGACAUACAAGAACAAUCCUGCAUAUAUGAAUCUAUUCUUAGAAAACAAUUCAAAGGUUGCAGUUACUUGGAUGUUAAUGAAUGAAGCUUUUGAGAAAAUAACUGACAGGAAAACAGGCAUCAAUGUGGUUCGAAGUAUUGUUUACAGCUGCAAGUCAAACUUAUCCAGGAUUGAUUUUAGCCGUUUUUAUAUGUUUGUUCUGGAGGAAGAUGAUGCGAUAAUUGCUGCAGCUUCUAUAAGAUUUCACGGGUCAGGGAUUGCAGAAAUGCCACUUAUUGCAACAGAAAUGACACGCAGGGGCCAAGGAGUUUGCCAGGAAUUAAUGAGGGUAAUUGAAUCGUUCCUAUGCAAUCUUAAAGUCAAAAACUUGAUAAUUCCAUCUGCUGUGGAGACUUGUGAUAUGUGGAAGCGCAAGUACAACUUUACUGAGGUGAGUGAAGAGCUGAAGAAAGAAAUAUCCUCCUAUAAAAUUGUAAUGUUCCCUUGUGCUGUAAGACUGUACAAGGACUUGUCAGCAAGCAUAGCAGAAAUUAAGAUUGACCUGGAACCACAAACAGAGCAUGCAGAGGUUACUGCUAGACUUGAGCAUGGACCCUCUCACCAGGAAGAUUAGAAGAAGUGAAACAGUCGUAGUGAUGGGAGCUUCAUGCUCUGGCUGAUACAAAGAAACUUAAGGCUUAAAUCUUAGAAGGGACCUUCCAAAAAUUAUUGGUGACUAUUGACUGCUACCUAUGUAUUGGUCUGGGUUCCCCAGUUUUUAACUUUGAUUGGUAAAUUAGACUUACUUUUGGACUAAUAAGGUAUGUUUGUUUUAUCUAAACAUUGUUUCAUGGUGUCAGAAAACCUGGUCCAGGAUUUCAAAAAUUGCAGUUGACUUAGCUCAACUCAACCCAGGUCUCUGAUAUAGGAUUUCAAUUACAACAAUAAAAUUUUAUUAAGUGAUGUAUGUUACAUUGGUUGCUAUUGA